ACAAGACGUCCGCCAUAUUUGUUGUGGAAAGUGCAUGGUGAUUUUGAGAAUGACAAAUGUACCACUUAGACGUGAAUAGAGGCUCAGAUAAAGAGUUAACCUAUUGAAUUAGAAGUAUACAGAUUGAAAAUGUGGAAUAAUCAGUGGCCUCAACAACCACAACAAGCAGGUUGGCCCAGACCAACGUUACAGUCUCAUUAUGAAAGCAUGCCCCAUGAACAGGUUGAUUGGGCUGCUUUGGCAAAACAAUGGAUGGCACAUAAAGAAGAUCCAUCAGCAAAUGCACCCCCAAAUUUAUUACUGCAAGCACAUAUUCCUCCCCCUCCACCCCCAACAUAUCAACCCCCAAAUAUGCAAGCCAUUAUAAACAUGGCAGCCCAGCCUCCCCCACCCCCUGUUGUUGCAGUAGAUCAGAAUGAUAUGGAUAUAUCUGAUGAAGAAUCAGGUCCUAAAGAAUCAGGUGAUUUUUAUAAUCAAUUUCAAGGAUAUAAUGAAGGUGGACCAGGUAAUUGGGGCUGGAAUGAAGACAAUGAUAAUACAGACGAUAAUUGGCGUCGUAAUCAACGUGGUGGUCAUCAACAUAAUCAUGGCUGGAAUAAUAAUAGAAUGGGACAUCAACGUAAUUAUGACAAUGAAUUUCAUCGAGAUAAUUUUCAUGGUGAUGGUGAUUACAUGAACUUUGAGAAGAAUGAGUAUAAUAAUCAGUAUUGGGGUAAUGAAGAUGGUGAUUAUCAAGGAGGUUCACCAUUUGGUGAUCAUCAUCAUGAUGAAAGUGGCUUAGAUGCUCAAAAGCGUAAAAAUCUACCAAGCUGGAUAAGAGAAGGAUUGGAGAAGAUGGAGAGAGAUAAACAGAAGGCGAUUGAGAAAGAAAGAAAAGAGAAAGAAAGACUGAAGAUAUUAGAAGAGAACAGGAAGGCUGAAUUAGCUGCUGCAGAAACUGUUAAUAAGGAUAAGAAUGGUGCUCCAGCAGUACCAAGAAAAAGUAGAUUUGAUUCAGAUGAAGAGUCAGAGGGUGAAAGUAAAUCCACUAAAACAUCACCAAAACGUCGUACACCAUCACCGGUUAAAACAGAAGAAGAAAAACGCCAAGAAAUGUUAUUAAAAGUCAAACAAUGGUUAAUGGAGAUUUUGUUAGAUGUUACAAGUCAAGAAGUAAAGGAGGUGGCUAAGGAAGUCUAUUUUAAAGCUAAGAAUAAAGCUCAGAAAGCUCCGGCAAAGCAGUUAGCCAAGUCCACUGCUUUGGCCUCAAUAUCUGCUCUUGGACUAGGUUAUGAUAGUGGUACUGAAAGUGAAUCCGAGAAAAAUGAUAGUGAAGAUUCAGACGCUGAUUUAGAAGAAAAGAUACGCAAAAAACGAGAAGAGUUUGAUAAGAAACAUCAGAUAUUUAGUGAAAGUGAGGAUGAUGAACCAGAUAAUAGUGAAAAGUCCCCAGUACCAGCUAUAUUUAAAACUACUAUUGAGGACGACAAAAAAUCCACUCCCUUUUUAACCAAAUAUAAAUCAAUUCCUGGCUUAGACCCUUCUCAAACUACUGAUAGUAACCAUCUUGAUAAGAACAUGAAAUCUAGAUCUAAAAGUUCUAAAAAAUCACGCAAAUCUAGUUCUAGUGAGGACUCUAGUAGUGAUUCAAGUGAUUCUGAUAGUGACAGUAGUAGUACUAGUAGUAGCGAUAGUCCUAAAAAAUCCACGCAGGACUCCUCUGAUGAGUCUAGUCACAGUGAGAAAAGGUCACGUUCUGAGAAAAAGAAAAAAAAGAAAGUCGAUUCAAAGCACAAACGAAGCAGUGAUAGGCGUGACAAAUCUAGUAAGCAUAGUAGUCGCAAACAUGAGAGUAAGUCUUCAAGAAAACAUGCCAAGGUGAAAAGACGCGAAAGUGAUGAAAAAAGUAAACGCAAAGACAGAAGUGUUAGUCCUGAGUAUCAUGACCUAACUCGAAGUCCUUCAACUGAAAAGCAAAGACGUCGUGAUUCACAUGAUCAUAAGCGUGAACGCAAAUCUGAUCAAUCUGAUCACAAAAAAUCACGUAAAGAACAUUCACAUGACGAGGAUUCUUUUGAGCGUGAAAAAUCAAAGAAGGCACGUGUUUUUGUUGAAACCCCGCGGAGAAAGUCAAAGCAAGACUACUCAGACGAUGAUGAAGAAUCUUAUUCAAAAAGUAGGUCAAAAAAAGAUCGCUCUUAUGAUGAGUAUUCCUAUAGUUCUAAAAAAGAUCGAUCUUAUGAUGAUGAAUCCUAUAGUUCCAGUAGGUCCAAACGACAACAUUCUUAUGAGGAUGACUCUUAUUCCAGUAGUAAAUCACGCAGAGAUUAUGAGGAAGCCUAUUCUAGUAGUAAGUCUAAAUCUAGAAAAAGAGGUCGGUCCCGCUCCCCCUCAAUUGAGUAUUCUGACAGAAGAAUUUCAACUGAAUCCAGGUCGAGGAAGAGGUCUGGUAGAAACAGCAGGUAUGAAGAUGAGUAUGAAGAGAGCGAUCAAGUUCUCCACGUAGAAGAUAAACCUGACAUCACUAUUGAUUUUAAACAAAUCAUAUGAUGAAAUUCAUGUAAAUAAACAAAUUCUAUUAU